UGAUAAGCGGCCUGCUUGAAGUUUACCAACAUUCAUCUUCCAAGAUCAGUCCAUAGUUUUAUUGCAAUUAAAUAAUUUUAUCAACAAUUAUUCAUUCAACUUUUUGCUUGAUUCGUGACUAAAUCAAAACUGAAUGGUUUCAGCUUCAAUUUGAUGUGUUAAACUCAGGGCAGUCAUGUGGAAACCAUUUAAAACCCUUCGCGAGAAUUGGAAGAAAUCCAUUUUUUUCUCAUGUGUAGCUGCUUAUGGAGUCCAUCUAAUAGACCAGAGAAUAAAAAUAAAUAAAUUGAUGAGAGUAUAUUGCGAAGAGGCUGCCUCGUUUGGAAAUCAACCAUGGAAUCAUCAGAGACAAUUGAAACAUCUUACUAUCAUUCUAAAUCCUGUUGCCAAUCAAAGGAAAGGAAAAAAGUUGUUUUUCAGUUAUGCACAACCUAUCUUGAAUUGUGCUGGUAUCAAAUGUAGCUUGAUCGAAACUGAACACGAAGGUCAAGCAAGAGAUUAUAUGGAAGUGAUGAGCAAUACUGAUGGAGUCAUUAUUGUUGGUGGUGAUGGGACCAUUCAUGAGGCUAUUACUGGUUAUCUGAGGAGAGAUGAUUCUAACAAGAAGAAAUCAUUAUCCCUUGGAUUCAUUCCUGUCGGUAAACGGAAUUCAGGAAUGUUUAAGCUGUUUGAAGUGGACCUUGAUUCUAAUGGCAGGAUAAGAAACAAAGUUGAUCAUAUUGAUUUGAUUGGACGUUUGUCAAUGUCCAUAGUUAAAGAAACAACUAAACCUAUCGAUGUAAUCAAAAUUGAAGGUAAAGACCGUGGUAAACCUGUUUAUGCUUUGAACUCUUUCGAUUUCGGUAAAUUAGCUGAUUAUCUAGAGCCAGCAGAGUCUUAUUGGCUGUUUUCGACAAGAAUAAAGCCAUACUAUCCAUUAUCUAAGAAAAUAUUAUUCAAGGGACUAUCUUCUCAAAGUAUUCCAGCUGUUACAGAUAUUCUUUAUACAAAACCAUGUUCUGGAUGUGCCAAGUGUUAUGAAAACUUCAAAGAGCCAGUUGAAGAGGAAGCACCAAAACGUUGGUGGCAUUUAUUAAUUCCUCGCCCAACUCAGCUUAAACAAAAAUUAAAGCCAGCCAAUAUAUAUGACAGUUACAAGGACUUAGUCAAUGAGGAAUGUGGUGUAUGGCACAAAGUCGAAUCCAACGAUUUGAUUAAUCUUUCAAUAAGGAAUUCGUUCAACAAAAAAAUAUCUAUGAAUUUACAUAAAGUUGAAGACUGUAGCAAACAAUCCCUUAUUCAAGAUGGUGUAAAUAUUUUCCGAGAAAAAGAUGACUUCAAGAGCAAUGUCCAAAAAAUUGAAGCACGAGAUAUAUCAAUUAAUUUAACAACAGACCAACCAAAUUCGGAUGUUGUAUCUCCAGAUACCCAAGACUUGAAGUUCAAUAUUGACAGAGAAAACUACGAAGCGCAAAGUGUUCUGCUUUCUCUUCUUCCAAAUCGUAUUUCAGUUUAUAGUUAAAUUAUAGUAAUUAUUAUAACUAUUUUAUAAUUUAUAAUUUAAUUUCGAAGUUGGUGAUCUCAUUUCGAAUAAAACUGAAUCUUAUAAAUAGCGUUAA